AUGCUCACGCUGGCGUUGGUGUCGGAGAUGAUGGCCGGCGCUUUCGGCGUGCACUGGCUCAUCAGUGGUGGAUUGAGGGUGCGGUUUCGUGGCGCCGCUUAUCCCGGCGACCGGCUGGAAACCGUGGGCACUGUUACCAAAGCUGAAUCUGAUGGCGAAGUUAAUCGCGUGACCUGCAACGUGUCGGUGCUGAACGCGGAUACAGCCGAACAAAUUCUGUCCGGAACGGCGACGGUUCGCAUUGCCGCAAAACCUGAAUGA